CAGCUACAGACAACAUCCCGCAGGCGACCACCCAUUCCAUCCCCGAGAGGCUGCUAACCCACUUCUGUCGCCCCAAUUGCCGUCGCCGCCAUGGACUACUCGGCCCAUGACCCAGAUCAUCCUGCCGGAGGAGAUCCGUGGGCAUCGUCCCCGCAGCACAACAGGACUUCCUUUGCGCAACCUCCCACCAGCGACAUCCCGUCUUCUCCGCUGCCUCCGCAAGCCUCCCCGUAUGGACAAGGCUCUGAACACUAUGGAUACAUGGGCGACCACGACACCCAGCAGCGUCCGAGCACAGCAUCCGAGAACGGCGAGACCGCUCACCAACCGCAGAGUCCUAGUCCCCAGCGAGGCGAGCAAGCACCUCCGAAGCCCCCUCAACAGCAAGCUUCGGCGCAAGGGCAUCAAGGGCAUUCGGGACAUCACCAGCCUCAGCGCUACCAUGGCACGCGUCCACAGCGGCAACCACCCCACUACAAGCUCCAGGCCAAAGUGACAGGCCUCGAGCGCACGGGCAAGAAGGACCCAAUCCUGAAGUUCGAUGUCUAUACCAACCUUCCCAAGUUCCGCACCACCCAGUUCCGCGAUGUUCGACGCCUACACUCAGAGUUUGUAAAGCUCGGCGAGCACCUCAUAUCCGCUUGCCCCGAGGCUAUGGUGCCAGCAGUACCUCCUCCGACUACCUCCGCCGGUGUUGGAACCGACGAAGACGAGGCGCGCAUCAAGGCGUCAAUACAGCGGUGGCUUAAUGUGGUUUGCAGCAACGAUAUCCUCAUACGCGACGAGGAGAUGGUCUUCUUCGUGGAGAGCGACUUCGGGUACAGCCCGGUUGUGAGGCGGAAACAACCAGCAACAGGUGUUCGGCGCAAAGUGAUCAAGCAGUUUGCGCCUCCGCCGGACGACACGCCUGAGCUCGCGGCAGCUCGGCCCAUCGUGAAGGCUUUCUACCUCGGCACAAUGGAAACAGAACAGCGGCUUGAGAGGGUUGUGAAGCACAGAAGAAAUCUUGGUGUGGCUGAGUCCGAUCUCGGCCAGAAAAUCGCUGCAAUGCACGCGCAAGAGACACAUCCAGGCCUCGCUCUGGCAUUCAAAAAGCUGGGGAAAGUUAUUCAGGCGACAGGCGAUUACCAUGCCGCGCAAGGCACAGCCGAAGCGACAACCUUCGGUGACCCCCUCCAAUACCACAGUAGCGAUGCUUUUAUUGUCAAAGAGACCCUUACGAAUCGGCACAUCCUCCUCCGUGAAUUACUACAAGCGCAGGCUGCAACUCGGUCCAAGCUAUCAGCAGCCGACCGGUUGAAGGCGAGCUCGAGCGUUAAGAGAGACAAGGUCGACGAGGCCAUUGCUGCACUUGACGAAGCCCGCAGCCACGAGACCUAUCUUCUGCAAAAGUCUCAACGCGUAACGGCGAACCUUCUGCAGGAGCAGAGAAAGUGGUUUACCCGGACUGCCGCAGAGAUGAGGUACGCGGUCCGGGAGUAUGUUGUUCGCCAAAUCGAGGCAGAGCGCCGAACUCUCGCCACGCUCGAAUCAGUCCGGCCCGAUAUCCGAGCCAUCGACGGAACUGGUGGUCUUUCACGAUUAGGUCGCGAAGCCCAUCCAUCGCAGCGCCGCGCCUCUCUUGCCAGCUCUCAGGGACCCAGAGGUGAUGCCUGGUCGGGUGUGCCAAGGCGACCCGGCGAUGGACUCAAUCGGAGCCUAAGUGGCAGCUUACCUACGGUUCCGGGAGUGCAAGAGGAAGACGAGGAGGAGGAAGAGGGAAACACUGGAAGGAAACGUGCGACAAGCAAGACUGGAGUGGAUGAUGACGAAGACCGUAUUGAUGCGAAGAACGCCGCGAGCAGACUCGCCACGACGACUUUCUAAUGGCCUCACGUAAAGGGGUUUUGAACCUCUUUGUAUAGUCUGUACAGGAAGCAUGCUCGACCAUCUACUUAGCCUGGGUAUUGAUGAGCGGUCAGUGUUAGGGGAGCCGUGGAAUUAUCCUUAUAGAGACAACUUGAGAGAAAUGCAAGAGAUGGAGCGGUCGAUUAGUCGGACAUGACUGGCAAGCUAUCGCUGAUAGCACAAUUCAUGAUACUUUCUUGUUAACCUUCCUCAUGGGUACGACAC